GUUGGGUGCAACAAAGGGCCAAGUAAACAUGCACACUAUAAAAGCUACAGCUCAGGGGGUGGCUUCACAGAACCGAGUGCUCGUUGUGCAACAUGAUUAUUGUAAAAGGAUUAUUGGUGACGGUGGCAACCUUACUGCCGUAUGUCUCCAGCUGUGACAACAACCCCCUUGUACCAAUGCCAUACCCCAGCCAUUCCGCUCACGUGCGCUGCGAGUGCGAGUGUGUGUACCGGCCAGUCUGCGCCUCCGACGGCAACACCUACUCCAACGAGUGCUCCGUUAAAUGCAUCAGUAAACACAGGGUGGAGAACGGCUUCCCACCUAUACAUGUAGUUAGCCAGGGGCCAUGUCCCCGCACACCAUGCAAAUGUCCCCUCGGUGGGAAACCUCUCUGUGCGAGUGAUGGCCACACCUAUGGCAAUGAAUGCUUAUUUGAUUGCGAGAACAGAAGACGUCAUCUCAUGGGCCUCGAUCCUAUUAGAGUCCAAUAUCCUGGACCUUGCAAACUAACGUAUUGUAUCUGUCCCAAUAUUGCUAUUCCAGUUUGUGGCACAGAUGGUAAGUCGUACAAGAACAUUUGCUAUCUUCAAUGCAUCAGUAGGUACAACCAAGCCAACGGAAAACCUUGCAUCGAAGUGAAACAUGAAGGUCCUUGCGAACAAGACAACUGCGUGUGUCCGCUUAACAUAGACCCAGUUUGUGCAAGCGACGGAAAAACUUACAACAACUUGUGCCAGUUCCAUUGUGAGAACAGAAGACGAUACCAGCUCGGCUUGCCGUGCCUUACCAUCCAGUACAAGGGGAGGUGUAUGGACUGCACAUGUCCGAGAAUCUACCAGCCAGUGUGUGCAAGCAAUGGUCAAACUUUUGCUAACCUUUGCCUCUUCACAUGUGAGAACAAAAGACGUAAGCUACAAAAUCGUCCUUGUCUGACAAUCGCCAGUCAGGGAGUUUGUCCUUGCUUGUGCACGCUGCAGUACCAGCCUGUGUGUGGUACUGAUGGGAGGACGUAUGGCAACAGUUGUCAGCACCGGUGUGAGAACAAGAGGCGGUCUGACUUGGGCUUGCCAUUGAUUGGUAUCGCGCACCCUGGCCGCUGUGAGUGUGACUGCACGUGCUGCACGCGGCGGUUCGCUCCGGUCUGCGGCAGCGACGGCCGCUCCUACUGGAACAUAUGCUGGUUCCGGUGCAAUAGAGACUGCAACAGCGACAUCGGAUACCCGCUGUACGUGUUACAUUAUGGACCCUGUUAGAGAUUGAAAUCACUUCAAUCAAACAAACAAGAUUCUUUUAAUUAAAUUAUUUCCUUCAUUUCGAUGUCAAUAAAGAGUCAAAGAAUA